CCCAUUGCAACACAUGUGUUACUAGAACCAUUACCAAACUUUUGGAAAAAUCUGCCAACUUGAAAUGGCCUACAGAUGGACAUUUUAGACAAGAAGAGGAAGUGUUUGCAGUUCUUAUCCGUGGACACAUACCCAAUCCUCUCCAAAUCAUGGCAGAGUCACUUUCUCUUAAUUUUCAGAAGUUGAUUUCUAUGGUUUUUUUCUCUAGCAGUGGCUACUGAGCAGAUUGGUUGCUCUUCUUUUUCUCCUAAUCUUGUUGAGAUUGAGAACUUCUAUUGGAUGAUCAUUCUUCCAAAGUUGCGGUCUCCGUAUGCGACUGAGCAUCCUACGCUCAUCGAUAAUGCAUUGAAAAUUUUAAUAGCAAUCUGGAAUGCUACACUAGAAACUAUGAUAUUACAGUUUUCUCUAACUUUGCCUCAGUUCCUGAGUACGAAGUCAACAGUUGUGCAUUCAUUUGCUAUCAAUUACCUUGACCAGUCACAAAAAAGCAAGCACAAUAUUCUCCUGGAGCAAUUUGGUGCAAGAAAGGCUAGUUUAGACCGUGCUUACUUUAAUUUUCGGGACAAUGGGAUUACUGCUCUUCUCCAAUUCAAUCUGGCAAUAUCUUUUCUCCAAUCCAUGUUCAAGCCCUCGGGAGUUGCCAUUGCAGCAUUCAUGGUGGUCAUCUUCCUAGGCAACGCGCUUUACUUUGGCAGUGUGAUUGGAUCUAUGAUCACUGCAAUUGCAUUUUAUGCUAUAAUUUGGGGGAAGAGCAAAGAAAAGAGCAUUCUUGUGGAGAAGGAAGUCCACAGCUUGGCACAAUCCACCCAAAAACCCCUCUUUUGCAUUGCUUAAACAACAUUUCGUUCACUGAGGAACCAAAAGUUUCAAAGGAACAUUUUUCUCAUUCACUUGUAUUUAAUUUUGUUUUUUCUUCACUUGGUGUAUUUUGGGAAACAAGAAUG